CAACAUACUGCAUAUAUCCUACCAACAUACUGCGGAAGACCAUUGAAUCGGCAUCACCUGUAAGUUCAUAAGCUCUAACACAAAACUCAGGAGAAUCAGUUGACUAUAUUAACAUUUCCAAAGCUGUAAUCCCGAUACAAAAUUGUUUAAUUCACGCCCAACAAUUGAGCUAUUGUGCAAUUUUGGGUUUGGAACAGUCAUUAGUAAAUUGGAGGGGGCUCAAACUAUUUGCCACACAUCCUACAUAUAAAUUCCUAAUUAUCAUAAUCCCUCGUCCGGAUGGCCCAAAAGAGUUUGCAACUCAACCAUCCGAAAGUUCUAGCAAUAUAUGGGUCAUCCAACAACUACGUAUAAUUGCCUACUAUAUAUGUACAUUAAUUAAGUGAGAAUGAAGGGAUUGGGAUUCCACUUUAUUAGGACCAACCCACUAAUUUGAUUCUUCCCGACCCGUCCUAACCUAAAGGGUCAGAAAGAGUCAAUAAGAAAAUACGAACGGAGAGGAUUAGUCAUAUAUCUUGACUCUUCAGAAGUGGGUCAAACAGGAUCAAGGUUGGGCGAGGGAGAUUUUUAGCGCUAAACAGAGUUCUGGGUUGAAUAACUUUACUUAGGCCUAGAAAUUGGUGCUGAUGCAGACUGCAGUUUUUAUUAUACCAUCAUCAAUCAUCAUUAAAUUAGUCCUGGGCAUUCCUCCCCGUUGUCGGUCUGAAUUCUAAUGAUAGCUUUCGUUCCUUGCACCAGCCAUAUUAGCGAGUUGUCAUCUCGAGCAUGAUUUGCCUAUGUACAAAUGAUACAAUUAGAGUAUGAAACUGAAUUCAAAGAAAAGGAAAAGAGAUUUCUAUCACAUGCCAAUAAAUACACACAUAAUAGUUGAAGCUAAGUGAAAGUCAUUACUCGCACAUCAAUUCUCAAAAAUUACAGACUAAACAAUGGCUAGAAUGGCACUGAAACUACCAAGAAUCAUGGACAAAACAACUUGUCAAAUUAAAUAAUCCUUAUACUGAAACUACCUUCUAACUUGAAAUAAGACAUGAUCACAGUUCAUAGCUCUCUUCUCACUAUGAAUUGGUUGCAGCUCGUCUUUAACACUGCCUCCCAAGCUCAUUUCAAACAGAAUAGAGACCGUUAUGUAAGAUAACCAUAUUCUUACUGAUCAUAAUUCCUUUCUUCACUCCAUUUUUGCCGGAGAAAAGAGUUACCCCCCUUUCCUGCAUUUCCCUUUCCCCCUCUCUUCUCCCUCUUCUUCACAAACCGAUCCCUAAACCAGCAACAACAACACAAAAAUAGCCUUCGCCUCUGCCAUCUCCAUCUACUGAACGCGUUGGUGGCAAGACAGGACUGCAGAAGCAAAAUUUUCUAAAAUCAAACUAAAUUUUUUGAAGGAGACUCAACCACGAAAAAAGAGUAAAGCAACAAUGCUAAUAGUUCAUAUGGUUGGUUUUGAUGUGAUAAAUUGCUUUUGUUCUGGUCUCCAGUAUAUCAACUGCAACAGAAAUGUUUCCUCCAAUCAUCUUUAGUGCACGAUUUAGAAGCAAUUCCUCCUGUUUGUGUCAAACGGAAACAUUCAUGGGUUCUUAACUCCCCUGUUAGUAUAAAAGCAGCAGCAACAGCAAAGAAGUUUGACAACACAUCAAGCACCCAGGGAAAAUGAUAGAAUGCAGUAGGUGAUAUGUGUCUCGAAGGUUUUGAGUUACUAAAGUUCAUGUUAAAAAUAAACAUGAAUUAAAAUAUAUUAUUCUAUUAAGCAAACAUCCCCUCUAAUCAUACAAAGAUCAGAUAUCCAAUUCACAAACAAUUAAGCCAUAAAAAAUCAUCACACAUCCACCACCUUUGAUUGCCUAAAUUUGGUUUUUCGCAAAGUUAUGGACCCUUAAGGGUAACGUUCAUGGGUAGUCUGUUUCAUAACUCUAGAGAGCACAGUAAGCAACCACCAGCCAGACACAGUGCGGUAGGCGAAUAUGAUUCUCAAUUCACAAUUUCUCACCACCGGAAGUAAGAACAGACCAUAAUAAGCGUCGCGUUCAUGGGUGGUCUGUUUCAUAGCACUACUACACAAUUUGUUAAAAAAGAAAGAAAGGUAUUUAGCAUCACGACUGAACAACUUUUACAGGCCAACAACGACAACAUGCUGCAACCACCAGAACUGGUAUCACAACUCAUAGGGAAAAUCAAAAGAUUUACUCUCAAAUUAAGCAGUUACAACAUCGAGCAAUCGUCAAGCACAUACACCAUCACAAAAGUCACGAAAACUGAUUCACAAUGCAUUCAAACAUUUGAGGACAUUUCUGCAAAGGUACAACUUAUAUGUCUUUUUUCCAAGCCAUUUCCAUCAACAUGCUAAUAAAUUUGCAAUGCAUAAAACAAACGGGCCAAAACUUGAAAUUCAGCCUGUUUGACCGACCCAUGCCAAAUUCUAAUUAUUCUUUACUUUUAAACUUUAUAUUUGAAAAUAAAAAAUAGUGAAAGAAAAGAGACGACUACAAUUCGCCAUUUGCACAUCACUUAUUCGGGAAUAAAACCAUAGAAAUUCAAAAGGAACUGAAAAUAUUUAGGAUCGUUUUAAUGUUUAAAAUAACUAAAUAGAUCUUUUAUGUUUAGUUUUUUACUAACAAAUACCAAACGACUCCCUAUAAAAUACACUAUAAUUUGAUCAUUAUGAUAUCAAAUAAUUAUAAAAUAUAUAUUUGAAAUGAUAAAAAUUAGACUAAUUGGGCUGGUCGAGGUUGAACCAUGGAAUAACUCUAAAAUACAUUAUAUUUUAGCCAAUAAGAUAUAGAAUAAUAGCAUAAUAUAUAUUAUGCCAGAGAAAAUAGCUUGUUUUAGAAUGACAAACCAAUGAUGUUCAUUUGUUUCACUUGAUGGCCAAAUCCCAUGUAGGUCAGGCCCAUUCAACUCUUUUAUUUUAUGGUUAGCGAUUAGCUCAUUAGAUACCAUGCAUUCAAAUCCUUUUCAUAUAUAUUUUAUCACAACAGAGAAAUAAAAGGGCUUAAAGAAAAAAAUUGACACUCCUGGGCCCGUUUAAAUUCGCAUGUAUACUGUAAGUUGGCCCGUUCCACAGAGGAAAGAGAAAAAAAAUUGACACUCCCUAUUCUACCUUUCCUAUAAACGCUCCUCGAGCAGAGAAUUUGAAAUGGGGAAAGGGUUUUUUCCUCCCUGCUAUUAUAUGUUUUUAAUUUAGAAAGAUACAACAAAUGUACUUAGUGUGAUUGGUUGUGAUCUUAGCUUUUCUUUAAAAUGGUUAUGGUUCGAAUCCCAGUACGUGUCUUUUUAAUGAAUAAAAAAAAGUAAUUGUGAAGACUAAAAUGUCCUUCCUACUUUCACUCUCGUUGCAGGAAAUUUGAAAUGGGGCUCCCGUUUUUACCUUCGGCGUAUUAUAUUAUGUGUAGAUGGAGCAGGGGUGGGAUUUCAAACCUCUCGCCCUUUCGACGUUCGCAACAUCGAUCUCGCAUGCUCUUCCGCCAUGGGCAUGGCGGCCGACGAGAACUGUAGCAAGGGUCGGAAACUAAUUAGCUUCACCUCCGACGGACGCCUUCUCCGUUGCGAAACCGGUAAACGACCCAAAACCCGUUCAAAUCCCUUAAGCCCUCUUCUUCCUUUAACCAUGACCCAACUCCAAGACGACCUCCUCGUUGAAAUUCUGGCCCGCCUCCCUGACGCCAGGUCCGCCUUCCGAUGCCGGCCCAUCUGCAAGCGGUGGCGCUCGCUCAUCUCAGAUCCCCUGUUCCGCCGGCGCUUCCUUUCCCAUAAACAGAGUGAAUCAGGUGGUUACAGCGGCGGAGAACAAUCUCUUGUGCUGUCGUCUCACGACGCUCAAUCCGUCACGAUGAGCUUUCUCCCCGUGCCCGACGACCUACGGCCAUACUUCUCGGUUCUGAGCUCGUGCGAGGAUCUGGUUCUGUGCGGGUUUGAUGUCUCGAAGAAGAGUGGUGGGGACGAUCAGGAUGAAUCGGUGAGGAGGAUGUUCUUCGUCUGCAAUCCGUUUACGAAGCAAUGGGUCGCUCUCCCUCUGGCGCCUGCGGAGAAGGAUCGUCCUUUCUCGACGGUAAGUUUAGUUUGCCAGUCCGACGGCAAAGUCCGAGCCUUUAUCGAUCGAUUUCGCGUCGUGUGUUUUUCUGGAUCGGGUUACGCUCCAGAUGUGGACUUGUUCUGUUCGGAGUCUGGGGAAUGGACGAAAUAUGCUCUUAAUCCGAAUCGUGGCAAAAGGUUGCAAUUGAGAGAGCAGUUGCUUACGCUUAAUGAAGAAUGCUUCUUAACAACGGCGUGGUUCAAUGGCAAGUUGCACUGGCAGACCAUUGCUGGGCACAAAAUUUAUGUGUGGGAUCCUUUUCGCCCCGACGCACCCACAACUUUUAUGGAUGGUAAACUUGUCGACCUAGACCAGGUUUGGAUCUCGCAAGGUGCUUUGUACAUUGUUAAUUUUACACAGUUCUUGUACGUCUGGAGAUUGGGGGAACGAGACGGUGACAUCACAGGGAGGAAGCUAUACGCGUCGGUGCCUUUGAAGGCGUGCAAGUUUGUAGGAUCAAACAGCGAGAAGUAUUCUCAUUUGAAGUGGAAGCUGCAUGGCGUAUGUGCUCUGCAUCCGAAUGACCCGGACAUUGUCUUCUUAGAAUUUUCUCAUCGCGAGUUAUGCACACGACCCCAGUUAUGGACACAACGCGAGUUAUGCACACACCGUGUUUUGUUCUCGCUGAAUAUCAGAACGGCAGAGCUGACGUUCGUCGCCGAGCAGACGAGUGAUGCGGAGCGUUGGCGAGUGUUCCACCCUAGGUUCACUUGCUGGCCUAGCCCGAUUCCGAAUUACGAGAAACUGCAGGGUGCCUUCCACGGCAGCUACACGCGGUUGGUUCAUAGCAUCGAAUCAGCUCGGGCGCGAACAUCUACUACUCACUGUCAUUUCGUCGAGCAGUUGGGUAGACGACCCAGGAAGCACAGCAGAUCGCCAUCACCACAGCCCCUCAGGAAUCCGGCUAAGAAGCAGAAGAUGGUGGAAGGCAGGGGUGAUCAAUUGGUUGAAGUCGUUCAUGCUCUCCAGGCUAUACCAGACAUGGAUGAACAACUAAUGUUGGAUGCCUGCGAUUUUUUCGAAGAUGACGACAAGAAAGCAGCAAUGUUCUUAGCAUUGGAUGGUAGAUUCAGAAAGGAGUGGCUGCUAAGGAAACUUUGUCCAAAGGACUCUGUAUAAAGAGAGCCAACGGUAGAGAGGUAGAAUCAGAUGGAAGUGGCUGCUAAGGAAACUUUGUCCAAAGGACUCUGCAUAGAGGGGAUGUAAUUUACCUCUCGGAACAAUUUGCUUUUCGA